UCUCUCGCUGUGGGGAGUGCAGUGGAGGAGAGGCGAGGACACGCUAGUGCUCAUCAAAACACUUUUACCUGUUUUCUGCGGGAUUAAAGUAACAACCGAAGCAGGGAGCUCCUCCACAGCAAUGCUCCGGAGCCCUCAGUGAAAUCCGUCUCGGUUGACUCGUGUGAAGAGGCUUUACGCUGGCCGGAACGAAGGACUCGGCGGAUCUGGAUAGACUGACGGUCUGCCGGCCGAAAGCAUGACGACGGACGUGGUGAUCGUGAAGGAGGGAUGGCUCCACAAGCGAGGAGAGUACAUAAAGACGUGGAGGCCGCGGUAUUUUUUGCUGAAGAGUGACGGUACGUUUAUCGGCUAUAAGGAGCGUCCGCAGGACGUGGAUCAGCUGGAGACGCCGUUAAACAACUUCUCCGUGGCACAGUGUCAGCUGAUGAAGACGGAGCGACCCAAACCCAACACAUUCAUCAUACGCUGCCUGCAGUGGACCACUGUCAUUGAGCGCACCUUCCAUGUGGAGAGCCCCGAGGAGCGGGAGGAAUGGACCAAAGCCAUCCAGACUGUGGCCGACAGUCUGCAGAAACAACAGGAGGAGAUGAUGGACGCGUCUCCAGACCACAUGGACAUGGAGAUGUUUCUGACCAAACCUCGGCACAAAGUGACUAUGCAUGACUUCGAAUACCUCAAACUGCUGGGAAAAGGCACUUUUGGGAAGGUGAUUCUGGUGAAGGAAAAAGCAACGGGAAAAUAUUACGCCAUGAAGAUCCUCAAGAAAGAAGUGAUUGUAGCCAAAGAUGAAGUGGCUCACACACUCACAGAGAACCGUGUGCUGCAGAACUCCAAACACCCCUUCCUCACGGGUCUGAAAUACUCUUUCCAAACCCACGACCGUUUGUGUUUCGUGAUGGAGUAUGCAAACGGAGGAGAGCUUUUCUUCCACUUGUCGCGGGAUCGGGUUUUCUCGGAGGAUCGAGCGCGUUUCUACGGAGCGGAGAUCGUGUCUGCGCUGGAUUACCUGCAUUCAGAGCGAAACGUGGUCUACAGGGACCUGAAGCUGGAAAACCUGAUGCUGGAUAAAGACGGUCACAUAAAGAUCACGGAUUUCGGUUUGUGUAAGGAGGGAAUCACAGACGGAGCCACGAUGAAGACCUUCUGUGGGACUCCAGAGUAUUUGGCUCCUGAGGUGCUGGAGGACAAUGACUACGGGCGUGCGGUGGACUGGUGGGGUUUGGGUGUGGUGAUGUACGAGAUGAUGUGCGGCCGACUGCCCUUCUAUAACCAGGAUCACGAGCGUCUGUUUGAGCUCAUCCUGAUGGAGGACAUCCGCUUCCCUCGAACGCUCGCGCCCGAGGCCAAAUCCCUGCUGUCCGGCCUGCUUAAGAAAGACCCUAAACAACGGUUAGGUGGCGGCCCGGAUGACGCGAAAGAAAUCAUGCAGCACAAAUUCUUCACUGGAAUCGCGUGGCAAGAUGUUUAUGAGAAGAAGCUGGUUCCUCCGUUCAAACCGCAGGUGACGUCAGAGACAGACACCAGAUAUUUUGACGAGGAGUUCACAGGACAGACCAUCACCAUCACUCCGCCGGGACAAGAUGACAGUAUGGAGUCGUUCGACAGCGAGAGGAGGCCGCACUUCCCACAGUUCUCCUACUCGGCCAGCGGAACGGCGUAAAAUCUCGGGUCUGGUCCAUCGGUUUCACCCUCCCUCACCGACACCUCAGCUACAAGAUUCUCCCCCGUCACAGAAACAGCACAACUGCUCUGAGAUCAGACGUUUACCACAACUGUACCAGACCCACACUGUUUACCACGUCUGGAUCUGUGAUGUUUCUCCGUUUCACGUUGCUUCUGUGGCCUUUGAUUUCAUGAUGUUUUCUGAGGAUAUGAGAGGGAACACUAACAUUUCCACUCAAACUUGCCAAAUUAAUACCGAUUCAUUACGAACCGACUGUGUAGCACUUCUUUAAUCUGGAGCGAUAGUUCUAUGCCAAAUAUUACUGUAUUUACAUUCAAAAACACCAGUUUUAUGAACUGACCAAUUGAAACGUACAAAAGGAACAGCAACCGCUUUUAUAUCAAUAUAUAGAAUUCGGCUAAAUUUGUAAUUGUGCACAAUGAUUGAAGCGUGUCUCGACCCCCGAAGUAUUUUUGGACUAAAUUUCACUUGCAUUUGCAUCGAAUGUGCAAUAUAGUAGAAAUAUAGAUAAAUUAUUUUUUGUAAUUAUUAAAAUGACUGAAUUCAACCUAACUAGAAAUUAACUUAUUAAACCCCCCACCAAUAUAGGAAAGGUGUGAAACCUGUCUAGGACAUUUCUGAAUCGUAUUUCACCUGAAAUAAGCCAUUCUAUUUUGCUUUAAGAAAAUGAAGCCUGUUUUUAGGAUCAAAAAUGAUGGUAUUAUGAGAAUAAACGAAUGCAUGCAUGAGCACGAUAACGCCAGACACUGCAGGUGAAUAACGACGCAGGUGAUUAACUAAUAGUUAUCACCUUACUUACCCAGUUGAUUGAUUACACUGAUAAUCGCAAACAUUUUUUGUAUUACAAGUUUUCUAAAAUGUUAGGUUUAAAUUGCAAAUGAGGCAUUACUUAAAGGAGUCAUCGGAUGCCCAUUUUCCACAAGUUGAUAUGAUUCUUUAGGGUCUUAAUGAAAAGUCUUUAAUAUACUUUGGUUAAAAAUUCUCAAUGGUUGUGUAAAACAACACCCUUUUUACCUUGUCAAAAUGAGCUCUGCAAAAAUCAUCUCAUUCUGGCCAAGGCUGCUUUAAAUGCAAAUGAGCUCUGCUCGCCCCGCCCCUCUCUUCUCUCUGUGGAGUGACGAGCUUGUUUAUUUUAGCCACAUUUAGCGAACUGGAAUCACAAACCAGGCUGCAUUCGAGCCUUCAAGGCAUUUUGAGCGCACAACAUCAUAAAGUAACUAACUUUAACAAAUGUUACAGUAUCCACUGUAGUUGUCUGUUAGUAAAAAUAUAGUUUUAUCAGUUAUUAUCCGUGUUUCGCCAUUAUAUCGCGUUUACUACAGUUCAGUUUGUGCAUCAAGUAGCUGUGGCUGGUGUGACUGCGUGGGGGCGGGGCUAAUUUACAUAUUCAUCGAUCCGCGUAUAGUAAAUGAGGCAAGGGGGUGGAGUUACAUUCGAGCUGUUUGAAGGCAUGAGAAAAUUUUCACAAGAAAAAAAAAGUCAUUUUGAUUAUCAAAGAUUAGUUUUAAGGGAUACAAUUUUUGACUAAAAGGGGACUGUAGACAAAAAAAAAAAAGGGGAAUAAAA